GUCUUCCUUGCGGGCAAGGGGUCGCGACAAGUGGUGCCGAGACCCGGGAACCAGAACUUUCAGCAGUCAGGGGUGGUGCACCGGUUAGUCCCAGGGAAAUAUUAGGAGUCCAAAGUUGGCUGUUUAAUGUUUCUGGCAGUACCCAAGACUCGGAGCGAGAUAGGAGACUUAAAAUUACUUCACACAAUUCACAAUUGUUUAAUGCUACAUUACCCUCCGCAGCAGUCUGUCUCCAAUCUCCGUUCCUGUUUCUUUUGGCUAAUGACACCUCGUCGGGGAUGCUGGAUUGUUCUAGUGUUACCUGUCUCUUAUCUGAGUGUUGGAAUGGAUCCUGGCCUAUGGCAGUGAUUAUAAAAAUUCCAACUUUUGUCCCGAUCCCGGUUACUGCAGAUCCAGAGUCAUUUCCUAUUGUUGAACUGAUUAGAGCCCAUAGAGAUUUUGGAAUUACGCCAGCCAUAGUGACAGCUGUGGCGGUAUCUGCUGCUGCAGCAGUUAUAGCUGGAGUAGCCAUGGCCAGCCAGGUACAAACUGCUGCCACUAUUAAUCAGGUUAUUCAACAAACAUCCACCAUACUUGAAUCUCAAAGUAGAAUUAAUCAACACAUUUUAUCUGGGAUUCUAGCUGCUAAUCAAAGGAUAGAUCUGCUUCAAGCUCAAGUUGAGGAAUUGUCUGACCUAGUACAUUUGGGUUGUAUUGAUCAACGUGCACAUUUAUGUAUAACCUCUGUCAGAUUUUAUGAUUCCAGAAAUGCCUCCCGCAUCAUCGGGGAAUAUUUAUCCGGAACCUGGUCCAUGGAAGCAGAAAACUUGAUCCAGUCUCAACUAACUCAGAUUGCUGUCUUGAAUAGUACCCGUGUUGAACCAGUGACUUUGGGUCAAUUCACCGAUUGGAUAUCUUCUGCUUUUUCCUUCUUCAAAGAGUGGGUGGGAGUAGGCAUUUUUGGUGCAAUGUGUUGCUUCGGUGUUGUACUUUGUUUGUGGCUUCUCUGUCGCCUUAAAACUCGCCAUGCACAAGAAAAGGCUAUGAUCAUACAAGCUCUUGCAGCUUUAGAAAAUGGCAACUCGCCUCAAGUCUGGCUUGCGCAUCUUAAGCAGUAA